CAAACCUCCUGAAGGUGGCAGUGUAAUCCAUAUUUCCAGGAGUUACUACAUUCUUGUGUCUCUCAGUGGACUUCAAGAAAAAUAUUUUAUGAUACCGAUUUUGCCCUGUGAACUUGGGGUUUAGAAAGAAUAUGGAUAUAAUAAACACAACAGAAUAUAACUGCACUUCUGGACAACUAGAGAAAGGGAUCACAAGCCAAAUCCUUACUUCGCUGUCCCUGUCUAUCUUGACGAUAAUGACAACUGCAAUCAACUCUCUGGUCAUCGCUGCAAUAAUUGUGACAAGGAAGCUCCACCACCCCGCUAACUAUCUGAUAUGUUCCCUUGCUGUAACAGAUUUUCUGGUUGCCGUCCUGGUCAUGCCUUUCAGUAUCAUGUACAUUAUGAAGGAAACCUGGGUUAUGGGUCAAGCUGUUUGUGACAUCUGGUUGAGCGUAGACAUUACGUGUUGCACAUGCUCAAUACUUCACCUCGCUGCAAUUGCAUUGGAUCGUUACCGAGCUAUCACCGAUGCUGUGGAGUACGCCAGGAAACGAACGCCUCGGCAUGCUGCCUUUAUGAUUGCUAUAGUAUGGAUCAUUUCUAUCUUCAUCUCUAUGCCAGCCUUGUUCUGGCGGCACCAAAAGCACAACCGCGAAGAUGAAUGCAUCAUCAAACAUGAUCACAUUGUUUUUACAAUUUACUCUACCUUUGGAGCCUUUUAUAUCCCACUGGUGUUGAUACUUAUUCUUUACUAUAAAAUUUACAGAGCAGCAAAAUCCUUGUAUCACAAAAGGAAUGUGAGUCGAUGUGAGAGAGAACAGAAUGGGCAGGUUCUUCUGGAGGCAUGUGGGAAAAGUUCUACCUUAUGUAUACCGGAAAAGUCUUUCUCUGACCACUCAACAGAUUUUGAUAGGAUCAACAUCACAAUUAGAAAUCCUUUAACUGAAAUGAAACACGAGAAAGCUUUGAGGAAACAAAGGAUAUCCAGCAACAGAGAACGCAAAGCUGCCACCACUUUAGGUUUGAUCCUGGGGGCAUUUGUAAUUUGCUGGCUUCCAUUCUUCGUUAAGGAGUUUGUCGUAAACGUGUGUGAUGCAUGUUAUAUAUCUGAUGACAUGUCCAACUUCCUCACGUGGCUUGGAUACCUCAAUUCCUUAAUCAACCCCCUGAUUUAUACCAUCUUCAAUGAAGACUUUAAAAAAGCAUUUCAGAAACUAAUGCGCUGUAGACAUUACCUAUGACAGUUUACUUGAAUUUUUUUUUUUUUAUAAUUCAUAUAAUGUACUAAACCUGUGUUAUAUUACAGUAAGAUGACCUUAAUCUUAAAAAGCCAGUCUUCUGCCAAAAACUGAAAACUAAAGGAUAAAUGGAUGCUAAUUGGUUCAGUCAUCCAUGAGCUUUUAAUACAUUUCAGGGAUCUUGGAAAAAGAUUGUUCUCAGCUCGGUCCCUUGUAAUGACUUUGCUUGUACCAUAUUUAGCAUAUGUGGUCUUGUUCCUGCAGAUUGCAAAAGUCAAAAGUCAAUUCCGAGCUGCCUGUGGCCUGAUUGAGUCUUUAACUUAAUAAAUAUUUCCCUGCAAGGAAUAACAAAUGGUUAGAAAAAACAAAACUGGUGGGUGACUGAAUCUGCCUGUAUCCACCAAACUGAGUUAUGAGUCUUGAGUACGCUUCAAGGAGCACUCCAGGGGAAAAUAAUGUAGCGGGAAAAGGAGGGGUAAUUGAUUUAUCAUGAUCCCUUUGACUCUGUGAUCUGGUAUCUAUAUUUCUAUUUUACACAACUCCUCCUCUAAGUAUUCAUGCUUGUUUUUUUUAAAUAAGAGAUUCUAGACAGCUCACUGCAGAAGAAAUAAACAAUGAAUAUACAUACAAGCAAAAAUUGCUAAUGCCACAGCCUGGGAGAACGAUGGGCUUCAUAACCUAUGUAGGAGUGUAUUCUGAAGUUUUCAUAUUUGAGAAGUCUUAAAGGGGUUGUAA